AUGGAAAGAUACAAUGUAGAGAAACUAAUUGGUGAGGGUACAUAUGGUGUUGUUUCAAAGGCUGUAGAUACGACAACAAACAAGACAGUUGCUCUUAAAAAGAUUAGAAACGUUCAACAAGCCGCACAUCAAGGUGUUGGGUUCUCAGCUAUUCGUGAAAUGAAAAUGUUACAAGAACUUAAACAUGAAAAUAUUAUAGAUUUAUUGGAUGUAUUUCAACACAAGAGUAAUAUGUAUUUGGUAUUUGAAUUGAUGGAAUGGGAUUUGGAAAAGAUCAUUAUGGAUAAAUCAAUCAUUCUCAAACCAUCAGACAUUAAGAGUUAUAUGAAAAUGUUAUUACAAGGUUUGGAUGCAUGUCACAAAAAUUGGAUAUUACAUAGAGAUUUAAAACCAAACAAUUUGUUGAUUGGUGGUGAUGGUAUUUUAAAAUUGGCUGAUUUUGGUUUGGCAAGACAAUAUGGUAGUCCAAACAAAGUAUAUUCUCCACAAGCCGUUACAAUUUUCUAUCGUGCACCAGAACUAUUAUUUGGGUCUAGAUCAUAUGGACCAAGUCUUGAUAUAUGGUCAGUUGGAUGUAUUUUUGCAGAACUUAUGUUACGUACACCCUAUCUACCAGGAACAUCAGAGAUUGAUCAAUUGGCAAAAAUAUUUGCUGCUCUUGGAACUCCCAAUGAAACCAUUUGGCCUGGAGUAACAAGUUUACCAAAUUAUAUUAAAUUUACAGAUUUCCCAGCAACACCAUUUAAACAACUUUUUACAGCUGCUGGUGAUGAUGCCUUGGAUUUAUUAAGCAAGAUGCUUACCUUUAAUCCAUCAGCUAGAUGUUCUGCAACUGAAGCUUUGAAUCACCCAUAUUUCACCAAUAAUCCCAAACCAACCAACCCACGUGAUCUACCAAGACCAAACGUUAGAUCACCAAUGACAAUUGAUGUUAAUCCAGUUUUAGGUUCAGGGUUCAAGGAUAAACCAGGUCAAAACUUAAAUCAUUCUUUAAAUUUAGCAAAUAAUUAA